UAGGUGCAACAUUUGGAGAAUCGAUUCUGCAGGAUUUGCCACGGGACACAACUGUUGUAACACAAACAACAUGCGAACUGCUACGUGUCGAACAACAUGAUUUCAGGCUAAUAUGGGAGAAAAAUAAGGAAUUGAUGAACGAUGUAGUUUCGAACUGUAAACUGAAAAACGGUUUCGGAUCGACUGUUAUGGCUGCUAAAAGUGGAAUUCAACCAGUCUCUCCUCCACCGAGAAGGUCAAUGUCUCCCGAUCAGCCAAAUCCAGCAGAACCUAUUACUGAAUCUCCAAGCACGAUCAUAGGAAGAAUAGGAUGGUCCUUGAGAACCUUACUAUUAUCCCAAAACACAUGCUUAAAGGAUAGAAAAGUAUCGGGAAGGCUCGUUCGACGUUGUGCUCCUGGAAUGGAAUUGGUUGACUGGUUACUAAAUUUGUCACCGAGUAUACAUACAAGAGCUCAAGCUGCUGGUAUGUGGCAGGCUUUGCUUGAAGAAGGAGUGGUUUCUCAUGUUAACAAGGAGCAGCCCUUUAAAGACAAAUGUUUCCUGUAUCGCUUCUGGCAAGACGAGGAAGGUGCAACGGCUCUACCCCCCUUGGAAGAUGUAGCAACCGCUGAGGACCAAAUUCAAGACUCUUUAGGACUACUGAUACACAGAGGACCAGACGCUUUACUUAGAAUGAUACUUAGGAAACAGAGCCAUGAAAGGACACCAGAUGACCUAGAGACAAUAUUCGAGGAAUUACUUCACAUCCGUGCGCUCGCUCAUCUUUCCAACUCGGUCAAGCGCGAACUUGCCAGUGUCAUCGUAUUUGAAGCACAUCCUAAAGCUGGCACUGUCUUAUUUCACCAAGGAGAUGAAGGUAGAUCUUGGUAUAUAAUAGUACGAGGGUCAGUUGAUGUUGUAAUUCAUGGAAAGGGCACUGUUAAUACGUUACAUGAAGGCGAUGACUUCGGAAAAUUAGCUCUUAUCAAUGAUGCUCCCAGGGCUGCAACAAUAGUAUUAAGGGAAAAUAAUUGUCAUUUUUUAAGAGUCGAUAAAGAUAAUUUUAAUAGAAUUCUCCGAGAUGUGGAAGCCAACACUGUCAGACUCAAGGAACAUGGAAAAGAUGUCUUAAUUUUGGAAAAAAUUAAUACGAAUACAAAACAAGUAUUUUCGUCUCAUUUUAAAUAUACUGUGAUGGCAGGUACUCCACAGAAAAUGUUGGAGCAUCUUCUGGAAACUCGUCUCGAUGGUCGAGGAGCAAUGGGAGGCGGUGAUAAUUUUAUUGUUACCACAGCACAGGACCCCUUUUUAGACGAUUUUCUUUUGACUCAUAUAGUCUUUAUACCCACUCAUCAAUUAGUUGAAGAAUUAGAUAGAUAUUAUAGGAUAGAUUUUACGAACCAAGAUAGGGAGUUCGUGUUGGCGUGCAAACGGCGUGUGAUCCAGUUCGUCUACAGAUGGGUGACGACCAUCAGGCAGCCUGUGUUUGAAGAUGAACUGGCAGUCGAAUUCCUGGAAGAUCUUGCGAAUGAAUUGGAAUCUGAUAUAGUACAGUUCAACGCGCUACAAGAAGAAGCAUCUCUCAUGCAUCACGUAAUGUCGCAACUGAGGAGGUACACCGAGGAUAGGAAGGCCCAUGAGGGUCAGAAAUGGAAACUUCCGCCUUUAGGGCAGCCGAUAAGUCUAUUUAGUACUGGGAAUGAUACGAACCGAACCAUUAUUAUGCCUCAAGACGACAUAAUUUUUCGUGUGUACUGCGCUGAUCACACUUAUUGCACUCUCAGACUUCCUGUCGACACACCAGCAGAAACGAUAAAACUUGUAGCAGCAGAUAAAUUAAAGAUGAGGACCAACGACGAAUUGCUUUUGGUGGAAGUAAAGUCGAACGGCGAACGAGUGACGUUCAAAGACAACGAUAUUAGCAUACCGACAGCGCUUUCGCUUAAUGGAAGAAUAUUUGUUUCGCCAAAGGACCAUCUAGAUGCAUUGACGUGUUUAAGUGAGCAAGAAGAACCUACCCAAGGAAUAGAUGCCGAUAUAGAAAUGUUCAGCACAAAAGAGUUGGCGUAUUAUAUGACUCUAUUCGACUGGGAUCUUUUUUGGUGUGUUCAUGAAUAUGAACUUCUUUAUCACACAUUUGGCAGACACCAUUUUGGACAAAUCACCGCGAACUUGGAUGUAUUCCUGCGUAGGUUUAACGAAAUACAAUUUUGGGUAGUCACCGAAAUAUGCAUGACUAGUAGUCUGAGCAAACGCGUAGCAGUGCUUAGGAAGUUCAUCAAAUUAGCUGCAUACUGUAAAGAAUAUCAAAAUCUAAAUGCGUUCUGUGCCAUAGUAAUGGGUUUAAGUAACGUUGCCGUUUCAAGAUUAUCUAACACGUGGGAAAAGUUGCCAUCAAAAUUUAGAAAGUUGUACACUGAAUUUGAAUCUCUGAUAGAUCCAAGUCGCAAUCAUAGAGCUUACAGGGUCAGUGUAGGAAAACUUCAGCCUCCGGUAGUACCUUUCAUGCCAUUGUUGCUGAAGGAUAUGACUUUUACACACGAAGGGAACAAAACUUGUUUGGACGGUCUUGUAAAUUUUGAAAAGAUGCAUAUGCUUGCCCAAACAAUGAGGACCAUUAGAUUCUGUAGGAGUAGACAUUUAGUUUUGGAACCACCGUCUCCAAAAGGUGAAAGUGAAGUAAAAUCAUACAUUUCCUGUUUGCGAGUGAUAGACAAUCAACGAGUGCUAACAAGCCUUUCACAAAAAUUGGAACCAAGAAGGUCUUAGUGGCACUAUUUACUCUCCGCUAGGGUCAUGACCUACGCGGGAUGGAGAUGUUGGAUGAUUUGCCCUUGCCCAUUCUCAUUUCCAUUUUACAAAUCCCAACCUGCUUAUGUAUAAAAGUCACAUUUUAUGUGUGACUUUCAUUAAAAAAAAAGAUAUUUGGUAUACGUAUAACAUUUUAUUAUCAUCAAAGUGUGUCGUAAUGUAGCUAACAUUUAAAUUUAAUCUUUAGACUUUAGUUUUAUUAAGAAAUGAAUAUCCAUCUAACAUUAUUUUAGGUAGUACAUAAAAGAUCUGAAUGUAGCUUUAUUAUUUUUAUUUAUUUGUAUUGUCAUAGACAUAACAGGAAUUGGUAACAUUUUUUGUUAAGUUUUUAAACCUCACAAUAAUAUGAAUCAUAAAAUAAUACUUACAUCAAACGGUUUUAAAUAUGGCAAAUAAUACGGCUGCAUUACGGAUCCAAAGACACGACCAAAUUCUAUGAAAUAGAAACUUGUAAGGGAUUUGUAGUCCAAAACAUUAACUAGAAAAUAUAUUUUGAAUAAUUAAAUUAAAAAAUGAUUACACUUGAAAGUUC